AUGUCGAAUCUGGAGCAAAAAUACGCACUUCUUGAAGACGAUACAGGAAGCGAACAUGAAUCUCAGAACUUUGAUCAUUCAUCGCCCAAGACAACACGGAAAUCAAGGAGCACAAUAUUAUUAGCUGGAUGGACGCUUUUUGGGCUCGAACGGACUGAAUUUACUGGUCUCAAGCGUGAUAUAACUGUUCCUUGGCCAGUCUGCAGUCCUUUCGAUAACCGAAGCGACCCUGACGCUACCGACAAAGAAUGGGAAAAAAUUGGCAAAAUACGUCUUGGUGUAAUUGCCCUUCCUGAUUCUUAUGUUGAAGAGAAGGGUCUUCGUAAAGCUCAAAGAUUUCCAUGGGAUAAUUCAAAAGGUGUCGAUCUUAUAAGUGCAUACCGUAAUCUGCAUUGCCUGAUAAGUGGACUCAUUGCAAUUUUAUGA